AUGAACUGGAUUUUCUUGGAGGGUCUCCUCAGUGGGACUAACAAGUACGCCACAAGGUUUGGUCGAAUCUGGCUUGCCAUUGUCUUCAUCUUCAGGCUCUUGGUCUUCUUGGUGGCUUGUGAAAAGGUCUGGGGCGACGAACAAAAGGACUUUGAUUGCAACACCCGCCAGCCUGGUUGUCAAAAUGUCUGCUAUGACCACUACUUCCCCAUCUCUUACACCCGACUCUGGGCUCUCCAGCUGAUCUUUGUGACUUGUCCAUCCCUUCUCGUGACUCUCCACGUUUCCUACAGAAAAGACCGGGAGCGUAAGCACCGGCUAAAGUACGGAGAAGACUGCACACCUCUGUAUGAUAACACAGGAAAGAAAAGAGGGGGUCUCUGGUGGACCUACUUUUUCAGCCUGCUGUUCAAGAUAGCUGUGGAUGGCGUGUUUGUCUUCCUGCUGUUUUACCUCUACGAAGCUGCCUUCUUUCCUCCACUGGUGAAAUGCAGAGAAGAGCCAUGUCCCAAUGUGGUGGACUGCUACAUUGCAAGGCCAACGGAAAAGAAGAUAUUUACUGUCUUUAUGGUGGUGACCAGCUUUGUGUGCAUUUUCCUCACUCUUUGUGAGGUGUUAUAUCUGUGUGGGAAGAGGUUCCGGGAAUGCUGCAAAAAAGGACCUCGCUCCAUGAGAGACAACUCCUUCAUGAUGACCAGAGUUCCUCUGAGUGGUAAUGAAAACUCAGCCUACAAAGAACCGGUUCUGGAGAAGAGUGUGACCAAUGGAGAACCGGGCCAGAAGGGUUCAGCCCCGCCCUACACCAUAGCCUGA